CUAAAAUUCCUAAUACAAAACUUAAACAAAUCUUAAAAAAAGCAAAAGAUAAAAAAGAUUUGAUCGAAAGGUUGACCAGUUAUGAUCCUGACUAUAAAUUCAUCCAGGAUAAUUUUCAAGAUAUGAGAGAAAAAUACGAAAGUAAUGGUGAAACUAUGAAAGCUAUUGCCACAAUGUGGAAAACCA